GAGAUGCUGCGGGCGGGAGGCGCUGGCAGAGGCACAAAAUGCCGCGCUUGGAACGGGGAGCUGGAAAAGUGUCUCCUUGGACAGACUUCUCCUUGUCUCUCGUAGCAACACUGUUUAUUUUGAGGCGCUGGGAGUGCAGCCUCAGGCACUCUCUGCUGGGCUGGGAGGCGGCAGCACUGGAGCAGUUGUCCCCACGCUGGGUGGUGGGUGACACAGCGGAGGCUGUGCCAGCGUUGGGGCUUGUCACAUCUGCCCCCGGACAGGCUACAGGCUCGUCCCAGAGCAGCCUGACCGGCGCGGCUAGUUUUUGGGGAUUAGGGGCAGGGCACGGCUGAGCUCUCUUUCUCCUGCUCCUGCAUGUCCGGAGAUCACCGGCCGAGCACGAUCCGCGCGGGGACAGCUUUCUCCUUCGGGGACUUCUCUGUGAAAGAGGAAGUCGACUCAAAAUAACUCCGGUGCUUCCCUUUUCGCUUUGCAGACUUUGAAGUGUGCUGCGGAGCCCAGCAGCCGCCCCGGUGCUCUCCCGGCAGCCCCCGACCUCCUUGCCAAGCAGAGCAGACGUGCCAUGACUCCUCCAGGACCCCACUCUGUCCCCCCGUGCUGGACAGGACCUCGGGCACACGUGUGACUCACCAGGCUCCCUGGUGCCUGCCCUGAAGAAGCAGGUGUGACAUGCCUUGAAGACAGCGCCGUCCAUCAAACAUGGUUUGGGCAGGAGCUCUCCAAGGGAGCUGCUGUUGUGAGUGAUCUGUGCUGAGACAGGUUUUGCUGGCAAGACCCUGGACCCAAGGCCAUGUGCGUGGGGCGUGAGGAGCAGCUGCGCACUCAGCCCGUCACCGCAGACCCCGUCACUGCAGACCCCGUCACUGCAGAACCCAUCACUACAGACCCCGUCACUGCAGACCCCAUCACUACAGACCCCGUCACUGCCCGCCCUGCCCGCCCCGCGCUGCAGCCUCGGCCCGGCCAUGGAGAGCACAGAGGUGGAGUCGGACAUCCUGCGCCGCGUCCGCACGCUGCUGCGAGAGCUGGACGGGCACCACCCCGCCUGCCAGUGCGACCGAGGGAUGCUGCGAUGGACCCUUCAUAAAAAAAUCGACCAGAAUCCCAGUAACAGCUCUGUCCUGGUCAGGAUCCUGGUGAAAGAACUGGAAAGGGCGGAACGAGGUGACUUCAGGCAUUACAUCAUUCCCUUGCUGCACACGCUGAUGUACACCUUGAUAAAGGCUCCCGGCAUCUCCGAUGAGCUCUGCAGCAGAGUGUACGAUUUCUGUAAGAAGCUGCUUACCCUGCCCAAGCCUUUCUGCACCAUCGGUUUGGACUAUGCCACCAGGCUGAAGAUGGAAAGGACAGCACCAGGUAUGUUGUACCAAAGAAUGGUCAUUUCUGAACAAAGUCUUAAAAGCGACCCGUACCCUUAUCAGGAAAAGAUUUUCAUCUUUGCUGAUCCCGAGCUGCUCUCCGAAGCCAUCUGCAACGCGCUGGUCACCGACACGGAGGCAGCUCGGGUCUCGCAGAGCCCCCGGGCAUGCAUGUCCUACGUGAUCAUCCAUGCAAUGCAGGCAGCCCUGGGCGAGGGCUGCGACAUCAGCGGCUUGAAGAGGAGCCUCCAGGACAUGCCCACAAGUGACCUUGAGCACUGGUUCCAGCAAGUGGUGUCGGCAGUGGAGUGUCCAGGAGCCGAGGCGAGCGCAGACCGCAGCCAGCACGCAGCCAAGCUGGAGAAGAUCUACUGCGCCAUCCUCAGCUCCUGGCAAGCGGGUGAGCUCCAGGCCAGGCGUGCAUGGUGGGGUGAUGCUCCCCUGGGAGGGCUGCAGGGCACCCCUCUGCCCAACCCCAACAUCAGCUUUCACCUCUGGACAGAAGACGACCAGCUCUGGAAGGAAUUGGUGCUGUUCAUCCGCCCGCUGUCACAGAGCUGCGAGCCCAGCUGCCUAAGCCAGGACCUGGACAACUUCGAGAUCCAGGACAUUAUCUCGGACUGCGAAUGCUGCAAGCAGACCCGCUUCUCCGUGCUCUCCACCGACAGCGGCAUCGAGCGGGACCUGCCCGCGGCAGCCGAGGAGCCGUUUGCCCCUUUUGGCACCGAGGCGGAGCAAUCCCGGCUGCAGAGGAAGGGUGGCAUCAAAAAAAAGCCAUCGCCACUGGAGAGCGUGGCUUUCCUGCAGGCUGGCUGCAACGGUCCUGGGGCAAAGUCCUCGGUGAGGCCACAGAGGAGACCGGGGACCCCCCCGGAGCCUGCAGCCCCCCCGCAGAGGCUGCACACUGCCCGCAUCGUGCUGCUGGGGGACGAUCGGAUCCUGGGGCGCCUGGCCCAAGCCUACCACUCCCUGAGGAAACGAGAAACACGGCGAGUUUUCCUGACUCCCAGGCUGAACCUGCAGUUCUACUACAUCCCGGUCGUGACUGAGCAGACAAACGCCUUGGCCACUGUGGACCAGGCUGCCACCGGCCAAGAGGAGCUCUGUGAGGUGGCCGCGUACCUGGGCAGGGCCGACCCGUGGUAUGAGAGCAACAUCAACACGCUGUGCCACAUGAUUCCCAAGCUGGCCACCAUGCCUUCCUCUCCGAGCAAACAUCUUGUGACUGAUCUGUUCAUCACUGAUGUGAUCGCGUACUACGUCCGCAUGGGCAUCCAGCCCGUCUGCUUCCAGGUCUAUGCUGUGAAGAUUUUCUUCAAUGACCCGGCGCAGGAGCCGGCCGAGGACGUGUUCCUCACGGAGCUGCGCACCCAGGUGCAGGAGAGCAUCUCCCCCAGAGAGUUAAGCACAACCAAGAAGAAAACGACCCUGGAUGGCCCUGGCAUAGAUCUCACAGUAACAUACAGAAAGGUCGUGGUGAGUGAGCGAGCAAAGGAGCUGGCAAUGUCCCUGCGCUCCACAGGCCUGGUGAUGAAAGCCAUCCCUGCCGAUGAGGCUGAAGACUUGGUGUGUCUGAAUGUGAACAUCACGGAAAUCAUUAAGAUCAACAACUUGUCAGGACGAUCGUUCUCAGCUGUGGCAAACAGGUUGAAAACACGCAAUAUCCAGAUCAGGAGCACAGAGCAGAGGCCCUUCACGGUGUGUCUGGACAAGGACAGCAGAAGAACCUACAGGAAUGUGAUAAGCGUGGAAGUGUCUCCUUGCCUAGAGCCCAGCUACUGUUUGCAAAAGACAAGGACAAUGAAAUUCAGUGUGCAUGAAACAGAAGAUGUGGGGUUUGUGAAAUACAUGCCCAAGUCUCUGCUGUUGCCCAUCAACACAUUUGCAGGUGUCAUACAGUGAAGAAAACAAGAAAAAGCUGGUGUGAGAGAUGUGACACUGGGUCAUCGCAGAGGAGGUGGAAAAAGAAAACACACUAAAAGCCGGCAACAGUGAUUUUACAAUGGUAAUGGCGUAGAAAGCUGCAAGGGCAGAGGCUGAUAGGGCCCAGGGAGGACAGCCGUGCCCUGCUGAAUGCCAGUGAUGAACACAGCAACACCCCCUGCCAAGCGACGGAGCGUUGCUGGAGAUCUGAGUUUCAGCCUUUUGCACUAGUCAGGGAAAACCUUUCAGUGUCUUAAUUUCAGGAAGGCUGAGGAAAACACAGCUGUGGCGAUGGUGCUUGCUGUGCUUGUGGAUCACAGAGCAGUUGCUACCGGUAUUAUUUGUUAUGGUGAUGUCUCACAGCCUGGCAGGGUUCUGCACAACAAACUCUUAAUUCUGACACAGGGUGAUGUUUUUUGGGCAAACCAGCAAUUAUUCCCCUGGCUGAGUUGGGAAACCUCAUUGUAAGCCUGACCACAGCUGGGAGAGCACAUUGUUUUACACGGGUGAAAACUUGCUGUUGUUUCGAAGAGACCGCACAAAGUAAUGACGAAUGGUGGGAAACCGGGACACAGGAAAUCCAGUGCAGUAUUUGGCGAUGAUGAACAGGGCAAGAACAGCUCAGGCUGCCUGGGCAGUGAUGUGGCGUAUGCUCAGCUCUGAAUGCUGUAGAUCUGUUUGAAGAAGAAACCUUUGAGUGGACAACAGAGGCUGCACAGCAGCUCGUUGACAUCUGAGUCGUGCGUUUGAGCUCACCUGGGAUUUCACUGUUGUUUCACCCUGCAACCUCUUUGCGUCUGGUUUGGAGCCUCACGAGCACUGGUUGUGUUCCUCCAGCUGUACGUCCAGCGAGCAAACACCUACAAGCCCAGCAUCGGUGGAUCUCCUCCUUGCAGCCCUGCUUUGGUCUGUGCUGUGGAGGUAAGAGAUGCAGAAGAGCAGAGUGGUGCUCCUGGGAAUGGUGGUUGGGUAGGAUGCCUGCAAGACUUCUCCGUUCCUCGCCUCUGCUGCCACCACAGUGUAGAAACCCUCCCCUGUUUGCAGAUGGGCCAGGUGAGCAGCAGCUGCACGGCUCCUGCCUCCAGCCAGGCUCAGACUAACCCAGGGUUAAGGAUGAUCACGUAGAAGGCCCCUGGUUUCAUCCCAGCUUGUGGCUGACUGAAAGAAUGGAAGAAACACAGUGUGUAUUUAUUGACUGAAUGUGAUCUGGGGUGUCUCUGGGGAGUCUUCCCUAAAUUCACAUUGGAGAGGAUCUGGGGGCAUUCCUUCUGUGACACUAUCAUUUUUUUUUUAUUCUCUCAGCUCCCAGAUAACUUGUCACCUGGGUUGCCUUCACUCAGGAUCAGGAGCCAAAAGAAAGUGUCCUUUAGCUUUGUCUGUGUGCAUAGCAGCUGUACCCAGUCAUCUCCGGCUGUCACCGAUGGGGAGUCCCUGGAGCCAGCUCUCUGCUACAGGGGAAUGCUGGCCCGGCUGCGGUGGCACUGCCAGACCCUUGUGCUAGCCCAGGUGGCUGGGGACAAAUCCACCUCUCUGUCCUGUCUGUGCCAGCUCUGCCCAGCCCUGGGGAGCUGCAACCUCUGGAGAGUCACCCCUGUUUAACCCCCACACCUGGGAAAAGGAGGCCACCUGCAGGUGUUUCAGUCUGCGGUACUGGGGAGGUGUGUCCCUUCUGCAGAACUGCCCUGAGCUUGUGGCUUCUCCUGGCUGGUCAGGCCCCAUGGAAAUCUUUGUAUUUCUUGCCACAUGCACAAGGCUUUAGGAUAAGGAAUUACUGGAGGGAGUUCAGGGAAAGCUACAAAGAUGCUGAGGGGUCUGGAGCAUCUUUCUUAUGAGGAAAGGCUGAGAGAGUUGGGGCUGUUCAGCCCGGAGAAGAGAAGCUGUUGGAUCUUAUAAAUGCUGAUAAAUAUCUCCAGGGUGGGUGGCAGAGGAUGGACCAGACUCUGUUCAGUGGUGCCCAACGCCAGGGUGAGGGGCAACGGGCACAGACUGAAACACAGGAGGCUCCAUCUGAACAGGAGCAGAAACUUGUUUGCUGGGAGGUGCCAGAGCCUGGCCCAGGCUGCCCAGAGCGGGUGUGGAGUCUCCUUCUCUGAGACAUUCAAAGCCCCUGGACCCACCUGUGUGAUCUGCUCUGUGACCCUGCGUGAGCAGGGGUUGGACCGGGGGAUCUGCAGAGGUCCCUUCAGCCCACACCAGUCUGUGGUUCAACUCUCAGAUGUACAUGGUCCCUCUCUUUUCCAACCAGCACGGGCUGCUGUAUUCCUGCUCUUGUCCCACACUGUCACCUUGCACAGGUGGCACUUUUGCUUUCUGUUCCCAAGCUCAAGGUUCAUUCACUCUCACUGUGAACAUACCGUGCAGUCCGGACCAGCCGCUGCAUUACACUACCGGGGCACAGUGGCUCUAGGGCUGUCGGUGGGUGAUAGGUUAUUUAACAGUGUUUAAAGCCUUCAGGUCCCAAAGAAAUAUUUCAUCCCAUACCAGCAUCAACAGUUGAAAGAUCACGUUGGGCAACAGCAAUGCAACCCUUUCCUGAGGAGGCUGCCUGGAAAUUCUGUCAGACGUAGCCUUUUGCUCUCGGCUGAGCCGAGCACAGUCCUUGAGCUUUAACAUCACCCCACAGGAGUCACAAAGCGGCAACAUCGUUCAGUUCUUCCAUGCUGUUUUUCACCUCCAUUUGCUCACAAACAACAAAUCAUUGAUGCCUCCAACGCCAGACUUGGGCAGCAAACAUUUGGGCCCUGAAGGAGGCUGAAGUUUGCCAGGAUGCUCAGAAACAAGUCACUAAAUGCCGACUUGCACCAGCUGGUUUCCUCUGUGAGCUGCUGCGUAGGGUGACACUGGGGUUAAGGGGUGACCAGCAGCUCCUCACACCUCUGCCUUCUUGGGGCUUCACUGGGGGGUUGUGUCCCCUGACAUGUCCCUGGCACGUCCCUUGGCGUGUCCCCCAGCACGCAAGGCAAACACUUACACGGCCAAGAGACUGUGUGCUGGGUUGGAGCGUGGUCUGCGGUGUCCAGAGCUCCCUCUGUACAGUUGUACAUGAUGUAGAUGGAUUGUAAGUUAUUUGUACAGGCGUCAGAGAUGGUCUGCAUCAGAAGGUGCAGUCCUUUUAAUGCCAAUUAAAACAAAAAUAGGAAAAAAAAAAGGCAGAAAUU